CCACCACCCAAUUCUUCCUACCAACUACACUCAUUUGUUGCCCCCCCUUUCUUAGUUCAAUUUCUCCUUUAAUCACACAAUCUAGACGCUUUUAGACUGCUGGCUCCAUCCAAUUCACAAUGGCCGACUCCGAUGGCGAGUACGUCGCCGACAUGUCGGACGACGACAUCAUGGACCACACCGUGACCGACGGCGACCCGAGCGCAACGCGAACCAAGGGCUCAAAGUCGUUCAAGAAGAAGCGCGACCGCAACGAAUCGAAGGCGUGGGAGCAGUCCAAGCGAACAUGGGAGACGGACCUCCCCGAGGAAGACGAUGGCAUGCUCAACCUGGCGGGCUACGAGGCCGAGCGGCGCAGGCGGCUGCUGCGCGACACGACGCCCCUGCAGAGAGGCAUCAUACGGCACCUGGUGCUGGUGCUGGACAUGUCGUUCGCCAUGGCCGAGAAGGACCUGCUGCCCACGCGGCACAGGCUGACGCUGAGCUACGCGGCGGCGUUUGUGAGGGAGUACUUUGAGCAAAACCCGAUUUCACAGCUGGCCAUUGUGGGCAUGAGGGAUGGCGUGGCGGUUCGGAUAAGCGAUAUGGGAGGCAAUCCCGCCGAGCAUCUGGAGCGGCUGCGAGAUUUGGAGGGCCAGGAUCCACAGGGCAAUCCGAGCUUGCAGAAUGCGUUGGAAAUGUGUCGUGGAGCGUUGUUUCAUGCUCCCUCGCACGGAACACGAGAAGUGCUUAUUAUCUACGGCGCUCUACUAUCGAGUGACCCGGGCGACAUUCACGACACUAUCAGCAACCUCAUCGCCGAGCGAAUACGAGUAUCUGUUGUCGGACUGUCUGCUCAGGUUGCUAUUUGCGCAGAGCUCUGCUCGAGAACGAACGCGGGCGACGAAUCACAAUACAAUGUCGCCAUGGACGAAACACACUACAAGGAGCUCUUCCUGGCGGCAACUACACCCCCCGUGAACCGAACAAAAGAGCAGAGCACAUCUAGUCUCCUAAUGAUGGGCUUCCCGUCACGGACUCUUGCUCCCGGAGGGACCACAAGCUACUGUGCUUGUCACAGCAAGCCUUGUCGAGAGGGCUAUCUCUGCACUCGAUGCAGCGUCAAAGUCUGCAGACUACCUUCAGAGUGUCCCGCCUGUGGGCUGACGCUUAUUCUAUCUACACAUCUUGCUCGGUCAUAUCACCAUCUCUUCCCACUGCGAAAUUGGGUCGAAGUGCCUUGGGCCGAAGCGACGCAGUCCACAGCUUGUUUCUCCUGCCAGAGUCCCUUUCUGGAGCCCCCGAAGCCUAACAAGGAAAAAGGAAAAGACGAAGCACCCGUCAAGGCGCCCGCCAAGGGCGUAAGUGAAAGCGGGAGGUAUAAGUGCCAAGUGUGCGGGAACCACUUCUGCAUUGACUGUGAUGUCUUUGCUCAUAUGGUGAUACAUAACUGUCCCGGAUGCCAGAGCCAGUCACAGGCUGUACCUGCUGGUGUUGAUGGCGUUGCGGCAGCCGUGCCGGUGGAAGCAAAUGGGAAUGGGCAUACGAACGGUAGUGGAGUCAUGGUCAUAGACGGAUAGUUGAAUAAGACUCUCUCGGGUGAGCAGGAGGAGGAUCUAGGCUGGAAACAGCUUCAAAAAGUACUUUUGAGAAUGGCUGUUGUUUGCGCGUGGUCUGGAUAUUACUACAGAUAUAACCUCUUUUCUCUUUCUUUAUCUAUAGCUACUUACAGCGCCUGGGUUUGAGCGAGCAUGUAUGGAGUACACGGUUGGUGCCCUAUUAUUACAAAAGGGGAGAUACCUUUUUUUUUUCUUUUUUUUUUUUUUCUCUCGGGCU